AUGGGUAUCUUGCUCAAAAAACCCAAUGAAGUAGCCGGUGCAUCAUGGCCUGCCAUUGCUAUCUCUAGCUUUGUCGCCUUUGGUGGUAUCCUAUUUGGAUAUGAUACAGGCACCAUCAGUGGAAUUCUUGCCAUGCCCUACUGGCAAGAUCUUUUUUCCACUGGAUAUAGAGAUAGCACUGGGCAUCUCAACGUUACAUCUAGUCAAUCCUCUGCCAUCGUCUCUAUUCUGUCAGCUGGCACCUUUUUCGGUGCCCUCGGUGCGGCCCCCCUGGGAGACUCUAUCGGUCGUCGAUGGGGUCUGAUAGCUUCAAGCUUUGUGUUUAUCUUCGGUGUCAUUUUGCAGACAGCUGCUGUUAGAAUACCACUAUUCCUCGCCGGCAGAUUCUUUGCUGGGUUUGGUGUCGGUCUGGUCUCAGCAUUAAUCCCUCUCUACCAGUCUGAGACAGCACCAAAAUGGAUUCGUGGAUUUAUCGUCGGUUCUUACCAGCUCGCCAUCACUAUCGGUCUUUUGCUGGCAUCCGUGGUGAAUAAUUCAACUCACAAUCGAGCGGAUACUGGCUCCUACCGCAUACCGAUUGCCAUCCAGUUCGCCUGGGCGAUUGUCCUGAUUGUUGGAAUGCUCGUGUUGCCCGAGACCCCUCGCUUCCUUAUUAAAAAGGAUAACCAUGAGAAAGCCGCUCAGAAUCUUGCCAAGCUUCGGCGUCUCCCUGAAGAUCAUCCUGAAGUUAGAGAAGAGCUUGCUGAGAUUCAAGCCAACCAUGAAUAUGAAAUGAGUCUAGGCGAGUCCAGCUAUCUCGAAUGCUUCCAGGGCAAUCUUGGAAAGCGGUUGCUCACAGGCUGCGGUCUACAAGCCCUCCAACAAUUGACCGGGAUUAAUUUCAUCUUCUACUAUGGCACACAAUUCUUCAAGAACUCCGGUUUCAAGAACGAGUUUGUCAUCAGCUUAAUCACCAACUGUGUCAACGUGGCUUCGACGUUCCCUGGUCUUUACGCUAUUGAUAAGUGGGGUCGCCGGCCCGUUCUUCUACUGGGUGCCAUCGGCAUGUGUGUUUCGCAGCUUCUUGUCGCCGUCCUAGGAACGACUACUACUAGCCAGGAUUCCUUGGGCAAUAUUAUAGUACUCAACCAAGCGGCACAAAAUGCUGCUAUUGCCUUUAUCUGCAUCUUCAUUUUCUUCUUCGCUGCGUCUUGGGGACCUGUUGCCUGGGUUGUUACUGGUGAAAUCUUUCCUUUGAAGGUUCGCGCCAAGUCGCUAUCCAUGACUACUGCCACUAAUUGGCUGCUAAACUGGGCUAUCGCCUACUCCACCCCAUACCUCGUGAACUACGGCACUGGAAAUGCAAAUUUACAGUCCAAGAUAUUCUUCAUAUGGUUUGGAUGCUGCUUUAUCUGCAUUGCUUUCGUUUAUUUCAUGAUCUACGAGACUAAGGGACUUACCCUUGAGCAAGUCGAUGAGUUGUACUCGGAAGUUAGCAGCGCGCGCAAAUCCGUUGGCUGGAAACCUACCAUUACCUUCAGGCAGAUUGUGGAGAAAGAUCGAGGAUCAAUCAGCCAGAGUCAUGAUCAUGAACAAACCCAAGAGAAAGCCUGA